CCGUCGUCCUCCUCCCGGCCGCUUGCUCCUUUGCGCUGCGGCCACCGUGCGAACGGAUCUCUACAUCCUCCCCUCCCUCCGGCGUCCGAGUCUAAUAGGCGGCUACAGAUCAUCCGGUCCACGCGGGCGCGCGUCUCCGGCCGUGGCCACCGAUGGCCGGCACCACCGUGUGCUCCAUGUGCGGCGACGUCGGCUUCCCCGACAAGCUCUUCCGCUGCGCGCGCUGCCGCCUCCGCUACCAGCACUCCUACUGCACAAACUACUACGGCGACACCGCCCCGGCGGAGGCGGGCGCGGGCGUCUGCGACUGGUGCCUCAGCGACGAGGUCGGCAGCGGGAAGAAGCGGCCGCACAACUCCUCGGCGUCGUCGGGGUGCAGCAAGCAGCAGCAGCAGGCGGCGGCGCAAGCCAGGAGCAGCGAGCAGCCGCCGCCGUUCCCGCCCAGCGGAUGCGGCAAGGGCGGCGAGCCCGCAGGUACAAGCUCCUCAAGGACGUGCUGUGCUAGCGAGCUGCCCGGCUACCUAGCAGCCCGGCGUGCUCGAUCGUUGUGCCGUAACACAAUGCUCGCUACUUAUAUUAGACAGGUAAAAUUAGAUUAGCUCGCCCUAGAUCUAGAUGGUUCGAUCUUUUUUUUUUACCAUGCGUCCUUGUACGAGUGCUUGUGGCUUAUGAGGGAGUGGUUAUGCAUGUGUAGAAGCUAGCUGCUGCCUUUGCCGAGACUCUUCAUCAUCA